ACUUCAUAGAAACAUAAUAAGUACAUAUAUAAAUACAAUAUUGAAUCAGAUUAGAAUAGUAUUACAUGAGAAAGGACCGUGUCAUCGCAACAUUUCAGAAUUUCAGAUACAUAUAUAAAUAAUUAUCAAUCAUGGAAGGAGGACCGGCGCCCAAUUAUUAUACUAUACCCGCAACCAUAGGCUUUGUCAAGCACACUCUGACUAAACGCCGUCUUCCGUCUGUGACAAUCGGACGAAAACGUGCUAAUAGCCCUGGCCACGGACACGGUCUGUUGUACGACCUUAGAGACUAGACCCGUUUCGGAAAACUCUACCGGCCGGACUUCGGGUUAGGCAGAAGGAGACCGUUGCCACAAGAACACUUGCCAGCACCGAACACUUACUAUCCAAAAAUGGACUCAGUACGACCCAAAGCACCGAAAGCAUCAUUCAAAAGUCGCACUUUGCAAUUUGGCCGUAUCGACAGUAGUUACCCGAGUCCGAACACAUACACGCUGCCAUUGCCGGACGUAUAUCGGCGGUCAAAAAAACCAGCGUUCGUCAAUAAAAACGCACCACGUUUCAAAGUUGUAUCCGAGGCAGUACCGGCGCCGAAUACCUAUUCGUUACCUGCAACCGGUACCUAUAAGUAUGGACAGACUGUGCACUCGACCAUACAACAUAGACGCCUAGAGAAGAUGGAAAGUCGCGCGCCGCCGCCCAACAGGUACUAUCUAGCCGCCUCUAAUGGUCCAGCCAAAACGUUUGGACAGAAAGACUGUCACAAGCGUGCCGUUUACCUGACCGUCGAAGACCUGUGGUGUUGAACUACUUUGGAAAUUAAUAUUUUUAAAUUUUUAGGCGUCACCAAAAUAGUUUUAAAAUUAUAUUGUGUCAAUUCACUUUAAUAUAUAAAAUAAGUAU